AUGUAUACGCCCUUGGUUGAUUUCCCACGUCCGUCACCAGUCUGUAGCAUCUGUUUCGGCGACCGGGCGCCAGGUCUCAAGGUAGCCAGCAUUGUUGACGGGAAUUUCGAUCCGCCCGAACUGCUUCUCUACCUGCGCAACAGCAUCGGUAACACUAGGUUCGCUGGUGACGUCUAA